AUGCUUUUAUGGAUUCUUCACUCGUUCAGCCCGUCUGAGAUUCGAGAGCGUGUGUUACACGAUUCAGGCUUUCGAUCCUGUCUGUUGACUUGGCUGGAAAGCUGUCACCAGGGUGACUUCUCUGCAGGGACGAUGGACGACAUUGGUGUAAGAAUGGCUGCACGUGGACUGACAACUGGUGAUGAUGACAGUUGUUCCUUAUACAUGCCUUCAACGGUUCUCACUCAGCGACUCCUUGAUGCGAAAUUGAAUGAAGCUAUUCGUGAUGCCUAUCAUAGCGUUUGCGAAGAUCCUGAUGAAGUCGUAUAUACAUCCAAUCGCCAUACUUGCAGAAUUCAAAUGCAACAUCGUAAAGGGUGUAAACAGGAUAACAAUGACAGUUGCCGUGCUUGCUUUCCUCGAGAACUGUGGCCAGAAACUGUUGUCGAUGAGGAUUUUGGAGCAAUUAAUUUCAAAAAAAUAGAGCCAUGGAUAAAUACGUUCAAUCCUGUCAUUUCCUCUGUUUUGCACUGCAACACUGAUGUAACUUGUUUGCUUUCUGGAACCCAGGUGAAAGCAGUGAUUACUUACCUUACAGACUAUGUUACAAAGUCCCCUUUGACGACACAUUCGAUGUUUGACAGUGUGCGCACUGUG